AUGACCGGCUGGACGUACAACACGCCUGACGAUGUACCGACUGAUGGACCACGAAUAACGGCGGUUUGUCUGACUUUUACCAUCAUUGCGCUCUUGUUGGUCUGCUUGCGAUGGUAUGUUCGGACAACGCUGGUCAAGGCUGUUGGCUACGAUGACUGGGUGAUCAUUGUCUCCUGGCUCGGAGCUUGCGGCUACACAGUCUGCAGCGUAAUUCAGACGAAAUGGGGCUUGGGUAUUACCAGACUUGAGGAUAUGCCUCCACAAAAUGUGCUUCCCUUUGGCAAACUCCAGUUCAUCGGCGGUCCAUUCUACGUCCUCGGCAUCUGGGGCUUCAAAAUGAGCCUGCUAUUCUCCUAUCUACGAUUCUUCCCCGCCGGUGGCUACAAGAUUGGCACCAUCAUCGUCGCGGUAGCUUGUACGAUGGGACACAUUGCCUUCAUGUGCGUCUUCAUCUUCUUGUGCACACCGAUCGAAAAGCAGUACGACCCGUCGAUCCCAGCAGACGAAGGCCACUGCGUAGACGCAAUCACAUUCUACCUAACCUUUUCAUCACUGACCAUUGUCUUUGACGUAAUCAUAAUGCUCCUCCCCUUCCCCGUAAUCCUCAAAUCCCAAAUCCAAAAACGCAAAAAAAUCGUCCUCCUCGCGCUCUUCAUCCUCGGCAUCUUCGUCACAAUAAUCCAAGCCAUCCGAAUCCAAACCAUCAAAAACCUCGUAAACUACCUCGACUCGGCCAAAUCAAUCCAAUGGUCCGUCGUCGAAACCUGCAUCGGCAUCAUCAUUUCGUGCGUCCCGACGCUGGCCCCGAUGGUCAAGUACUUUGCCGAGCGGAGCCGCAACGCAGGCAGCACCACCGGCGGCUGCUGCGGCGGUGCUUCACGACCAAAGAGCUCGAAAUACGCGCUGCAGACGUGGGGUACGAGGCGCAGCGGAAUGCAGCCGCUGGGGACAGGGACGAAUGAUGAUCGGGACGGCAGUUUGACGACGAAGCCGGAGGAUAGUACGGAGAAUAUACUUGACCCGAGUAGUAUUGUGAGCAAGAGGACGACGGUGCAUGCUGCGACGCCGAGUGAACCCGAGUCGUGGUCGGAUCCGACGGAUAAGGAGAGGAAGCAGGAUGUUUGA